AUGCAGUCUAAUCCUACAAAUUUCAAAGAGUUUUCAUCUUAUCUUCGCUCCUCCUCUCUCCAUCUGGAUAUUCUUUGCUUGCAAGAGGUAUCUCAUUUCCGCUCUCAAUCUACUCUCACUGAAUCUCAAGUCCGUUCCUUUUCCUUUGCUUUUCCUAAUUGUUCUCUCGUUGUUUCAAAGCAUUGUGCUAUUAUAUGUCUCAAUUCUCGCUAUUCUUUGGUGGAUACGGAGGUAUUGUUGGACGAAUGUUGUCUUGUUGCAUCUGUCGUAGAUGCCUCAAGCAAUGUUUUGUGCAAAGUGGCCAAUAUUUAUGGUCCCGCGCAGUCUUUUGACCGUCCUUCAUUUCUCUCUGAUUUUCUCUCUCUUUCUGUUUGGUCUGAUGUGUUCAACACACCUUGGAUGGUUAUGGGUGAUUUCAACAUUCACUUGCACUCUUUGUCUACUUCUCGUCAAGCCGAUGUCGCUCCUUUUGUUCACUGGUUGCGUACUCAUUUUGUCAAUUGUCAUCCGGAUGGUUUAGCCACGUUUCCAAAGAGCAAUACUUGUAUUGAUUACAUCUUUGGUCACUCUUCUCUUGCUCCUCGUUUGACUAAUAGUCAGUUACUGUAUAUGCCUAGUAGGUGGACGGAUCACUCUCUUUUGACUGUUGAAAUGUUGCCUGCGACAGCUAGUAUUAGUCCUGGUAGUUGGCGGUUCAAUCCAACCCUGCUUUAUGAUAAGGAAUUUGUUGCGUUGUUGAAUGCCACGGCGUCAUUGUUCUUCUCUGGUGCUGUUGGUGGUGGGUCUAAGGGUGUCAUGUCUAAAAGUCCUGGUCUUGACGGUUUGCCUUUUGAAUUGUAUCAAUAUCUUGCUGGUGUUUCUACUGAUUUUCUUGACUUGCUUGUGGAUGUGUUGGGUGCAGCUUUUUCUGGUGUGUUUCCUCCUUCGUGGCAGCAAACUCGUAUGGUGCUUUUGUUCAAGAAGGGUGACCCUCAGUUGUUGGUUAACUGGAGACCUUUGUCCUUAAUUAACAGUGAUGCCAAGUUAUUUACAAAGCUCAUUGCUAAUCGUAUGAACAAAGUGUUGCCAAAGUUAAUCAACCCUUAUCAAACUGGUUUUCUCCCUCACCGUCUGAUCUCUGACAAUGGCUGGUUAAAUCAGUUGUUGAUGUCUCACUUGCGUGUUGUUGCUCCUGAUUUACCUCAAGUUGCUGUUUUGUUGGAUCAAGAGAAGGCGUAUGAUCGGGUUCACCCCGAGUAUCUUUGUCGUGUGUUGCUCCGGUUUGGUUUUCCUGGUGAUUUGGUGUCUUGUCUGUCUUCUUUGUUCUUUGGAACCAAGAUUUCAGUGUCUAUCAAUGGUUGGCUUGGUGCUCCUGUACCUCAAUUGCGAGGUCUUCGUCAAGGUGAUCCUCUGUCUCCAUUGUUGUUCAAUCUGGCAUUUGAGCCUUUGCUUCGUUCUCUUCUUGCUUGCCCUGGUCUCUCUGGUGUUACUCUGUCUCCUGUUGAUAUCCCACGUAAAUGGAAGCCUUCACCGGUUGAAGUUCGUGUGGAUCAUGGUACUGGUGCCCGGAAUUGGACUUUGGACUUUGUUAGUGGCUCUGUUGCUCCUCCUCCUGUCAAGAUUCUGAGCUAUGCGGAUGAUCUUGAGGUGUUUUUGUCUUCGCCGGAAGAGUGGUCUGUGUUGUUGUCUGUUCUUGAUCUGUAUGGCCGAGCAUCUAAUGCGAAAGUCAAUAUCAGCAAGACAGUGUUGGUGUCGUUGUCUGGUGUGUCCCACUCUGCUUGGGUUGCUUUGGCUGAUUCUACUGGUCUCCAGUGGCAUGACGCUCACUCUCGUGGUGCAGUACGUUACUUGGGUUAUCCCCUGUAUCAUACUGAAAGUCAACUUCAAGACUAUCUUGAUGGUGUCUUGGUGAAGGUCCAGCCACACAGUAACUUGUUGAAACAAAGAAAUCUCUCCAUUAGGGGAGCAGGACUAGUGGCUAACUCGUUACUGUUGUCAAAGGCAUAUCAUUUGUUGCGUGUUGUUCCUGGUGGUGGUGUAACUGCGUCGUGGUUGAAGUCGCUCACAAAGGUGGUUCGUGAGUAUCUGGUGUCUUUUCGCCCUAGUGUUGCCUGGUCUACUUUGUGUCUUCCUCGCAAAUUUGGUGGUGUUGGUCUCGUGGAUAUAGCAGAUCAAAGCUUAGCUUUGCAUCUUGUCUAUUUGCAACGUUUGUUGCGUCCACCCUCUCCCAGUGAUUUUGUCUCCUCAUGGUUGGUGUAUGCUUUUCAAGUUUACACUGGUCAUAAGUCCAUCUUGCCGUGGUUUUGUUUUCCUGGUCUUUACCAGUCUCGUGUGUCUUCUGUGCCUGCUCUAACACAUCUUGGAAAGCUUCUGUUGAGAUUGCCAAAGUUAGUUCCUUCCUCUGGUUGGUCUGCUAGGUGGUUUCUUGAUCUUCCCUUGUGUUCUGUACUCAGUACUGUGCCUUCUGUUCGUCCUCCUCGUAAUCCAUCAUCUCUUGAUCCUCGUUUCUUGGUGUCGGAUGUCUCUUUCUGGCAACCUGAUCUAGGUAUAGUCGAUGGUGUCACCUCUCAUCUUGCUUGGUCAUCUCGUGUUUUGCGCCCUGUUUUUCUUGCUUUGAACCGUGAUCGUGGUCCUGUCUCUCUGGUAUUCCCGCCUGUCAUGGAUAGUAAGAUAGUCUUGUCUCAAGCAGACUAUUUUACUAUGCCCCGUUCUGAUAGUGCUAUCUCUUGGAUGCCAGAUUGUUCACAUUGGACUGUCUCCAACUCGUCUCGUUCUGCUGCUCCGGUUGCUCGUCUCUCUCUUGGUGCUUUGCGAAGGUAUUGGCACCCUGCAAAGGGUACCAUUACCUCUCGUAUGGGUCCUCCCUUGAAGUUGCCUGCUCAUUUGUUGCUGUCUCCUGCUUCAUGGCGUCUUUUCUGGUCCCUGGAAAUGCCUGCAAAGGCUUUCACACCUUGGUGGCGAUUGCUACAUGACCGUGUUCCGCACCGUUCGUGGUGCCAUAAGAUUAUGCCUACCAAAGUUCUGUCUCCUGCUUGUGCUCUUUGUGGUUUCUCUACGGAGGACCUCUACCAUUUCGUGGUGGGUUGCCAUGUCAAGUCACUUUUCUGGCAGGAUGUAGUCUCUUUGCUGUCACUUCAAGAGCUACUCCCCUCUGCUUCUUCUAUUUGGUUGGCGCUGACUACGUUUUGUAGUGGUUCAGAUUUGUUGGUGAUCGAUGAGGAUGUUCUGAUUGCUCUUGGUACUGCUUACAGUACACUUUGGAAGUAUCAUUGGCGAUGCGUCAUAGACGAGGAGCCUUGGAUAGCUUCUGCUGCUAUCAAUAUGGUCCGUCAAGACCAUGGUACACUCUUUUCUUCUCUUUCUUUGGCAAGUGUUCAAGCUGGCACCUUGGCCUUGCCUGUAAAUUCUGUAUAG